GGCCGGUGAGUGAUGGAGAAAACCUGAGAGGGAAGUAUAGGGCAUAAAAAUAAAACCAGAAGCGCAGUACGUACGAAGAAGGAUGGGUAAGUCGGAGGAGAAGAAAGAGGUUGACUCAUUGGAGAUCAAAGUGUCACUGUUUUGCGAGAACUGUGCCAAGGAUGUCAAGAAAGCUUUGUGGAAGGUCAAGGGAGUUAAAAAUGUAAUGGUAGAUUUGGAGAAAGGGAGGGCGAAUAUAAAAGGAUCAAAAAUACAGCCAGAUGCGGUGUUGAAGAUACUGAAGAAGAAACUGAAGAAGGACGCUGAAAUAAUACCGCCGCCGAAGCCGCCGCAGGAAAAGGUGGCUCCGCCGUCGAAUAAUAACGUCGCAGCCCACGUGCCGGCGGUUUGCGUCAUCAAUGGCCAGUACUAUUACACCCAGUUUCCUCACUACCCAGUAGUAGCCAAUGGGCCGCCGGUUUGGGCUCACCAUUACCCCUGCAAUUACGAAAAUGACCCUGAUCCGUGCUCAAUCCUCUAGACUUCAUUUUAUUCAAAUUACCUAUUGUUAAUUAUUUUCAAUCCCGUUUUGAACUUAUUAGUGUGUAAACAAUUACGUGUAAAACAUUUGAUGUUGCGUCAUGUGAUCCAUUGCAAUUCCAGUUGGGCAUGAAACCAGACCCAUUUUAAUAAAACGUACCAUUAUCC